UUAGUUUACUGAAAUAUUGCUUGUAUGUUAGUAAUUUGCCAUAAGGAUAUUUGGUGAACCGUGCACAAUUUGUGUAAACCCUGUUUGUUGAACGCAACAUUCCAAAAUCAGUUUUACAAAACAGAUGCCAGCUUAAUUAUUUUUUUCAAUUGAAUUAUCAAGCAUAUUUUUCUCUCAAACGGAUUUCAAAACAUGACGGAAUCUGCUGAUAUUAAAGACGUUCUGGAUACGAAUCUCGAAGACUUUGAGAUACAAGAAGUUUUGCGAAAUGGCACUGACCUACGAGAAUAUGCUUUACAGCUGGAUAAAGGCAUUAAGGACGCUGAAAAAACUUCUGUAGCAGACUACUUGAAAGAGAGUGAAAACAUAGCUUCCUUACACAAUCAAAUUGAAGAUUGUGAUGGCAUCCUUGCUAAAAUGGAGAGCAUGCUUAUGGUGUUUCAAAAUGAUUUGGGAAGCAUCAGCAAUGAAAUUAUCAGUUUGCAAAAGCGAUCAGUGAGCAUGUCAGUGCAACUCUCGAACAGACAGGUUCUGAAGGGACCUCUCUCUACUUUCAUUGAGGAUAUGGCAGUUUCUGAAACAUUAAUAUUUGGGAUCAUAAAUGUUCCUGUAACGGAUAAAGAAUUUAUGGUACAAUUAGCAAUUCUAAAUCAAAAACUAAACUUUGUCAAGGAACAAGAUUUUAAAGAAACAAAGGCUUGUCAUGAUGUCAAAGAUGUUUUGGAAAAACUGAAAAUAAAAGCAGUAGCUAAAAUUAGAACCUAUAUUUUGGAGAACAUCUACAAAUUUCGCAAACCAAUGGCUAAUUAUCAAAUUCCUCAAAAUGCCAUGCUGAAGUAUAAGUUUUUCUUUGAGUUUAUAUUAGCCAACGAAAGAAAUGUGGCUCAAGAAAUAUGCAACGAAUACAUUGACACACUGAGCAAAGUAUAUUAUUCAUACUUUAAAUCAUAUGCAUCAAGGCUGGACAAACUGAAAUAUGAAGAAGCUCCCACAAAAGAUGACCUCAUGGGUAUAGAAGAUGGCUCUAAAGGGGGAUUUUUCCAAAAGUCAAACUUGAAAAAUAAAAGCACUAUUUUCACAAUAGGUAAUAGAGGAGAUGUACUAGCCCAGCAGCUUGAAGCUCCCAUCAUUGUCCCUCAUGUGCAACAAAAAAUAAAGUAUUCCUAUGAAGCCCUUUUCAGGAGUCUUCAAUAUGCACUGGUGGACAACGGCUGUAGAGAAUAUUUGUUCACAACGGAAUUUUUCCAUGUCAAGGGAAGUCAUGCGCAGGAGCUCUUUGAUAGGAUCCUAGGAAAAACUCUAUCAUUACUUGUGAAAAAUGUUGAAAACUAUGUGCUGGAAUGUUAUGAUUGCCUCGCGCUGUACCUGUGUAUACAACUUAUAAACAGAUACAGGUGGAUGUGCCACAAAAGGGCUGUUGCUGCUUUAGACAGUUACUGGGAUUCACUACAAAGUACUCUAUGGCCAAGAUUAGAACAUGUUUUGAAAAUGAACAUACAGAGUGUCCGAGAGUGUGACCCAGCCAAAUUAUCUAACAAAGAAUUAGGACCUCACUAUAUAACUCGAAGAUACGCCGAGUUCUCAGCUGCUAUGCUAAGCUUGAGUGAACAAUUUCCUUCAGAAGAACUAAGUAAUAUUCUGUUAGUCCUCCAAGAUGAAGUUCAUUGCUUCUUACUCAAAAUGGCAGCAGAAUUUCCACAAAGGAUACAACAAUUAAUAUUCCUCAUCAAUAACUAUGACAUGGUGUUAAGUAUUUUAAUGGAAAGAACAAGAGACAACACCAAAGAGGCAGAAAGCUUCAGGGAGCAACUACAAGCAAGAAGCUCAGAAUAUGUUGAAGAGAUUUUGAGUCCCCAUUUUGGAGGAAUGAUACAGUUUGUGAAGGAAGGGGAACAACUACUUGACUCUGAUAAGAAAACAGAACUGGCGAAUUUAGAAAGGAAGUCUCUUUCACUUGUAGCUUCAUUCAGUUCUGGGUGGAAACAGAGCUUGGAAGAAAUCCACAGAGAAGUGCUUAUUUCUUUUCCAAAUCUUGUGACCGGAUCUGGUUUGCUACAAAUGGCACUUACUAACUUUGUGCAGUAUUAUCACAAGUUUGCAAAGUUGCUCACACCCAAUGCGCGAACUCAAUUAGUCAAUAUUCACGUUAUCAUGGUGGAGAUAAAGAAAUACAAAACCAAUUACUGAUCUACGAACUUAGAUUUAUUUACUUAAGAAUGUACUUAUAUUCUAUUCAUAAUUAUUAUUCCGGAAAAAGUUUACUAAUUUUAUGUAACAAUAGCUAAGUGAUAUCAUGUACUAUGAAUGUUCAUUAUUUAUAAAAAUAAAAUAAUUUACUACAUA